AUGGCCGCGCACCGGGGCGAAUUCGCCCAGCUGCGUGAUGAGGCUACCGCUUCUGCUGCUGCUGCUGCUGCUGCUGCUCAAACGGACGUUCUGCGGCUGGUUGAGCGUGGGCACGUCGUGUGGUUGCGUGAGUCUCCUCUCUUCCCUGGUCACACAACUUCUUUUCUGCGUUUCCAGAGCAACUGCCUCCACCGCGGCCUCUCGACUUGCCUUUGUCUACUCGUAAACCUUCGUCCUGUUUUUGGAGUAAACGAGAUGGAGCAAAGAGCGUGCCUGAUGGCAAAGACUUACAUUCGGCCAAAAUUUUGCCUCCGCCUCCAACUGGCCAUACUACAAACGGCUACCCUCCCCUCCGCCCUCCCCCGCGAGUCCGGCGUUCGCAGAAUGAGGAAGUGGGCAUACAGCAUCGGACCGCCACGUGCUGUUUCUGCAGGCAGCAGCACGUGCGCACGCACGAAGGACGCACUCACUGCGUCAAAAAUCGAUGAAUCGCUUCGUGGGACUGCCGUGGGCAGGUGUGUCUGGCGCGCGUAG